AUGGCCUCGAAGGAUGGGCAGGUCCUGCCAACUAAAGAGGCCGGCCUGUUCAGGCAGGUGGUCAAAUACUAUGAGACAAAGCAGUACAAGAAGGCCAUCAAGGCGGCAGAGCAGGUCCUGAAGAAGUAUCCGGACCAUGGAGAGACGCUGGCCAUGAAGGGUCUGACCCUGAACAACAUGGACCCCUCCAAGAAGGAGGAGGCCUAUGAACUCGCGCGCAGAGGCAUUAAAAACAACCUGAAGAGCCAUGUCACAUGGCACGUCUAUGGGCUGCUCUACCGCGGGGAUCAGAACUACGACGAGGCCAUCAAGUGCUACAAGAAUGCUCUGCGCAUCGACAAGGAGAACUACCAGAUCCUGAGAGACCUCUCGAAUCUGCAGAUCCAGAUGCGCGACAUUCCGGGCUUUGUGGAGACGCGGACGGCAAUGUUGGCCCAGAAGGCCUCCAACAAGUCGCACUGGAUCAGCUUCGCCAUCGCGCACCACCUCAACGGCAGCCACCAGCUCGCCGCCCACGCCCUGAAGACCUACGCAGACAUGCAGGAGGAAGUGCCGGCCUCGGAGGCGUACGAGCACAGCGAGAUGAUCCUGUACAGGGCUCUGGUGCUGGAGGAAGGUGGCCAGACAGAGGAGGCCCUGGCGUACCUGGACACCUCCAAGGAGCUCAUCAAGGACCGCAUUGGGCUGAUGGAGCAGCGCGGGCGGCUGCUGCUGAAGCUUCCCCAGAAGCAGGAAGCUGCGGAAGACAUCUACCGGAAGUUGCUGGCAUUGAAUCCAGACAACCACAAGUACCACGAGGGGCUCAGAGCAGCGCUGAAACUGGCGCCUGACGCAGAGGGCCAGUGGUCAGAUGAGCAGCUGGAGCGCCUUGCUGAGCUGUACGAUGAGCUGGCAAAGCAGUACCCUCGCAGCACGGCUGUGCAGAGAAUACCCCUGGACUUCAAGGUUGAUAAAGCGUUUGAGGAGGCGGCUGAUGCAUACGUGAGAAGGUUCCUCAACAAGGGGAUCCCAUCCCUCUUCUCAGAUCUAAAGGCCCUCUACAGGGAACCAGCGAAGCGCGAGGCCCUCGGCGCCUUGAUGCAGCUCCUGCUGAGGAGUCUGGAGAAGACAGGGGCGUUCCCUGCUCUGCCAAACCAGGAGGGCACCCCAGAGGCCCCAGGCCCAGAGGCCAAGCUGUGGACCCUCUAUUACCUGGCCCAGCACUAUGACAGGAUCGGGCAGACAGGGGAUGCGCUGGCUGCAGUGGAGCGGUGUAUCCAGGAGGACCCGGACCUGCCAGACGUGUACAGUGUGCAGAGUCGCAUCUUGAAGCAUGCUGGCGACCUCGAUGCGGCUGUCGCUGCUGCCUGCAAGGCUGAGAGCCUGGACCUGGCUGACAGGUAUCUGAACAGUUCUGCAGCGAAGGCGCUGUUCAGGGCAGGCAGGAUAGAGGAGGCUGAGACUAUGGCGGCCAAGUUCACAAAGCACGGCGAUCAGCUGAACGGCCUGACGGAGAUGCAGUGCAUGUGGUACGAGAUCGAGUGCGGCAAUGCCUACAUCCGGCGGAGAGAAUAUGGCAAGGCGCUGAAGAAGCUACUGGCGGUGGUGAAGCACUUUGAGGACUUCCGGGAGGACCAGUUUGACUUCCACAGCUAUUGCGUGCGCAAGAUGACGCUGCGAUCCUACGUGGAAAUGCUGCGCAUGGAAGACACCCUGCACCACAACAUCUUCUACUCCAAGGCGGCAUGGGCAGCAAUUCAGGUGUACUUGGAGCUGGACAGGGCCCCGGCGUCCGCUGCGAACAAUGGCAACGCGCAGGAUGGCGCUGACUCCAAGUUGUCUUCAGAGGAGCUCAAGAAGCUUAAGCAGAAGCGCAGAAAGGAGCAGCAGAAGCAGAAGAAGGAGGCAGAGUCUGCAGCUGCUGCAGAGAAGGAGGCGGCCAAGGCGGCAGGCAAGGACAAGGGGGGCACGCCCAAGAAACAGCCGGCUGCUCCGAAGGAGAAGGAUGCCGAUCCGGAUGGAGAGCAGCUGGCAAAGGUAGCAGACCCCCUGGCAGAGGCUGUGAAGCUCGUGCGUGUGCUCAAGGAGUACUCUGGGGACCGGCUGCAGACGCACCUGCUGGCCUUCGAGGUGUACCUGCGGCGAGGGAAGCUGCUGUUGGCGCUGCAGGCGGUCAAGCGCGCGCUGGCAGUGAGCGGCGCAGGUCACCCACAGGUGCACUGCCUCAUCGUGCGCUUCUGCCAGGCAGCCGCAGCUCAGGAGGGGGCAAUUAAGGAGAAGCAGGUGGUGGCGGAGGUUAUCGACUCGGAGGUGAGUCAGCUGCUGGGCGGCAAGAGCGCCGCUCAGUACAAGGAGGCCUUCUUGGAACAGCACGGCGGCGAGUCGCUGCUGCACCGGGCGGCUGCUGCCGAGAUGAUGGCCUUCCUGGACCCCCAGUCCAAGCCCAAGGCUGUGCAGGUCAUCCUCAAGCGCGGCGGCCUCGUCGCGGAGGCCCUCACCCACGCAGACGCAGUGGCAGUGCACAAGCUGCUGCAGGGCACUCUGGGCGACGAGGCGGCAGCGCAGGAGUGGAAGCAGCGCUGCAGCAAGGUGUUCCGCUGGUCGGGCUGCUUUGAGGGCGCGGACCGGCUGCACCUGAAUUAA